AUGCCUGUAUCAUCGUGUAUUGCAACCUUGCUUCCACGAUGCUUUGGAGACGAGGUUACCUACCUACAUGUGAACAGGUUCAAGGAAAUUUACAAGACCUAUUUGAAGAAAAUGCAUUUAUUUUUGGAACGCUAUUAUGCAAUCUCACUAGCCUUCUGCACAGAAAUCUACGGUGGAAAGCAGCAUCAUUUGUUCCCACCAGAGUGGGAGGGUGAUAUGGCAUUUUUACAUAGCACUCCAGCCCUAUUUCUUGGAGCGAUUGAAUUGAAGGAUUUAACGUUAGUUCAAUUGGAAAAGUUAAAGCAAGCCGGUACCGGCAUCAGUGCUUCUCUUCUAGAGUUCCUUCAACUUGCUAGAGAUCUGUCUCUAUCCCGUGCUCACUUCAAUCCAUUGUCUGCGGAUCAAUGCGAGUCUAUAAUUAGGUACAUAAGACACAUUUCUCUGUCUAAUGCUCUGCUAUUCAACUGUGCACAGAAGAAAGCAUUGGAGGUCUUCUUUCUCAGCACUAUUGUCGAUGUCUUAAUAUGCCGUGAAGAGCUCAUUAAGAAGGUGCAAACAGAGCAGGAAACAGCCCUUAGCAGCAGUAAAAUGCGAGAUGCACGGACGUAUAUUCUUUCUAAGAUAUCGUUUUACCAAGAUAUCAAAACUGCAUUGAUCAAGUGGCGUGAAGGCUGCUCUGUGCAGUUCCCUAGUACGGAACUGACAGAACUAGACUUUGGUGCUGGACGUGGCUAUUACAGUGUGUAUAAAGCCAUCGAAUUAGACAGAAGGAUGAUAGCAAUUGAGGGCAGCCUAAAACAUGCCGAAGGACUGUGUCGAUACAUUGCAGGGGUGAAGCCGAACGAAGCAGUACAAACCACUAGAAGUACAACUGUCUCUGUAUCACUGAGUAUGUUGCGGGUGGCGCUACUAUAUGUGGAUGACAGUACCUCAGGAGCAAGGAUUGAAGCAGUGAGCGUGCCAAUUCAAGAGUUGUCUGGUAGAGUCCAUAGAGUUAAGAGCAAUGCUCACAUACGUGGCAGUGUGAUUCAAGGAGCGCAGCUCCCCAAUCUAUCACUCACUACAAGUCCUGUGAUAACUCCACCAAUCCCCUGUCUGAGCCCCGCUGACACAGGUCGGCAGUACUCAGCCAUUGGUCUGCAUGCAUGUGGUCCUCUCUCUGUUAUUGCGCUGAGGAUGUUAAUGCAGAAGGACGUCACAUCUGCCUUUACUAUCCCUUGUUGCUAUGGGCAUCUCACAAAGGAUACAUUCCCUAUCAGUGACCAAGGAUCUGCUCUUAUCAACGGUUUUUUCUCUGCAACGAAAGUCAAGGAGAUGUUUCGAGAGUAUCAUGCCGACACUAUUCCGAGGGAAUUUCUCACCUAUGCUGCGUCUGAUAGUGUGUUCACUUGGCCAGAGGUAAUAGAAACCAUACAAUCGUAUUGGGCCCGCGCCACUGUGGAACUGGCAAGACGACAGCAGUCUCCCACUUCUGUCAAGCGGACUCUAGACAAAGAUCUGAAAGAGCUUCUCUGUGGAGACAACGCCAGCCUUGCUAAAGCCAUAGUGCUGGAUCUGCAAAGGAGCGCUAGGCUGGAGCAUGCAUCUUGUUCAACUGCUGCUGGAGACAGCUCAACAGACGCAGAGCACCAGAAAACGGCACGAAACGCAAUAGAGUAUGCAACAUUAUAUAGGUGGGCAAUGCAGGCACACUAUCUCGCACGCAAAGUCAGCGGCCAUGUCUUUGAAACAUUUAUUCUAAUGGACCGGCUUGCAGGGCUGAUAGAGUUAGCCGAGAGAUUCUCGCUGCAGCUCUGCGCAGGCAUCCUCCCUGCACUGACAGAACUCUCCCCACGCGGAUUCCUUGUAUAUGGAUUUAAAUGGUAA